CUGUGCUGCGACCUGGCCUUCUUCGCCCUGCUUUCCCUUCUACCGCACCUCUUUCGCUUCGCUUCGCUCCCACUGAACUACCCUUCCUUCACUGUCCGGACCUUCAUCUCCCGCCCGCCGCCCGCUCCUGUGCAGCAACAACAGUGGCGCAUUCCACCCGCGCCGUCCCUUGCAGGCCGAGCUCUCUGGCGGCGACAUAUCAAUCGCGCACCUGCUGCCCUUUCUGUGCGCGCGCGAAGACGUAGCAUCGAUGCCAGGUGCCUUGGAAUUACGCUUCGCCCACGGAAGGGAUCAGCCCAUCUGCACAUAGAGUGUUCCGGCUGCCUCCUCCCGAGCACAUAUCGCCUUUGAUUGAUAUCGCCGCGCUUCGCUCCAGGACGACUCAACUUCCACUUCAACUUCCGCUUCAACUCCAGCUCCAGCUCCAGCUUCAGCUUCAGCUCCAGCUUCACAGCUUCACAGCUUCACUUGUAUGUACAUGCAAUCGCCCGCCGCCGCCACCUCAGCAUUGUACACUUCCGCCGCGACGCAGCCCAGCCUAUUCCGAGCCUCUUUCAUCGCCCUUACCACUUCAACUUUCGACCUUCGACCUUCGAUUACGGCCCUGUCGCUCCCCGUGUAGCCACUGCAGGCAGGACUGACUUACACACCAUCGUCCGAACGCUCUCGACGAACAUCCAUACAGUAAUCUCCAUUCUCGCACAUACGUAUCUUCGUUUCUGUAAUGUCUCAUGGUGCAUCGAGCACCACCAACACCAGCAACAGCAAUAUGGCGUUUGCAAACGCUGCACGAUCAUUCAACGAUGUCAGGAACACUCACACAGCGGACAAGAAGAUCGGUACCAACGGCAUGCUGAAGCCAGCAGCCACGGGCAAUACCUGGGGCUUUUCCAGCAUAUGGAGUGGAGGAGCGAAUGGAUCGAACAUAUCCACCAACCUUCGUGAAACUUCUCGAUCGCGCGACCACACCCUGCAAGUGAAGACGCCUCAGCAUGAGGAGAUCGAGGGCAAGACUGGCUCUGGCUCGCUUGUGGACUCGUCCGUCUCAGAGGACUUUGUCGACCGAGGCUGGGCAACACGCAUACCUGCCAGCGGACGACCUAUGCCAACAGGACGACACACCGACAACACACUUUUACAGCAACGAAGUGCGAGCAAUGCAGGACUACAAACGAUGCCAGCCGCCCACACAAGUCUCAUGUCUGUAGGCAGUCGACAUCAAUUUUCCAACUCAAAUCAAACUGCCACGGCGCAGUCACGACAGCGCUACAACUCUACAUUCGAAUACAAGAACGACUUCGCAGCACAGCCCAGCGAGCAACCGCCAUUCAAGGUUUACACUAAGCAUGAUCGGCCUGUUGAUCCCGCCCACGGCAAGCCAGACUCAGCCAACGGAUACUCUUCUACGACUCCGUCACCCUGUGAGGAACGGCGGCCACCAUUUUCCUUGCAGUAUGGCCGAACUGCGAGCAUGCCCACGUCUCAGGACGGUAGUCUUCCGCCGUCUCGGGGUGCCGAGGAGGCCAAUACCUGGACACCUAUAGAUUACUCCUCCAGAUCCUCGCAGCGUGUGACCCCAGACACGUCCCGUGCGCCUUCGGUCUCGGCCAAGGGCAACGGUGCUUACAACCCUUAUUUCAACGUCAACGUGGAUGCGAUGAGUUCAAACCUGCGACAGCUCAAUAUCAAUGACAAUAGUCGUCCAAGUACCUCGUACAAGCAGUCGUUCGGUCUCCAGAGCUACUCGGGAUUUCAAGGAGCCAGUCAACCGGCAAUGGCCCGACCAGGUCAAUAUCGCGAGGAUGACAUGGACCCCUUGGACCGUGCAAACAUGCAGUAUCUCGAGCUCGAGGAUUAUGCUCGAGAUCUGCCUACCAACAAUAUCUCCUCCUCUUCGCUGGCAGAACGAUGUCUCAAUGGCGGUGGCAUGCACGAGUUCCGCCCCGGUCAGCCUUACGUUGGUAGCGGCAUGUCAUGUCGAUCUCAGGAUCGCACUAAUGGGUCUCGGACGCCUUCUGAAUGGCAGAGCUUCUCUGGUGGAGCUCAACUCACGAAUCGAAGAUCGCCUGCCGUCGCCGAACAGCCUUCAUACCUGGAUCCCAGAUUCCAGCAGUUCAUGGCCGCACAGUUCCACGCUCGCCACCCGUAUGGCAUGUAUAGCCCCUACGCAUUGCAGCAACUCGGCCAGCAAUACGUUCAGCUGAUGCCGCUCGCCACGACCGCCUUCGAUAUGCCUGCCACUCCACGUGACAGUCCCAUCACAGACUGCGUGCAAAGCGCGCUGAUGUACGAGUUCAAAUCUAAUACCAAGACCAAGCGAUAUGAGCUACGGGACAUAUACGAACACAUCGCGGAAUUCAGCGGUGACCAACACGGAUCACGAUUUAUCCAGACGAAGCUGGAGACUGCCAAUUCAGAUGAGAAGGAGCACGUUUUUCGAGAGAUUGAGCCCAACGCGAUUCCACUCAUGACAGACGUGUUUGGGAACUAUGUGAUUCAGAAGUUCUUUGAGCACGGCGACCAAACGCACAAGAAGAUUCUCGCCAACAAAAUGCGCGGACAAGUACUAGCACUCUCUCUGCAGACGUAUGGGUGCCGAGUAGUGCAGAAAGCUCUGGAUCAUGUGUUGGUAGACCAGCAACGUGAAUUGAUCACUGAGCUCGAAAAUCACGUGCUCAAGUGUGUCAAAGAUCAGAAUGGGAACCACGUUAUUCAAAAAGUAAUCGAACGAUGCCAGGCCACCACGAUCGGAUUUAUUGUCACGGCACUCCAAGGACAGGUCCAGCAGCUCAGCAUUCACCCAUAUGGCUGCCGCGUUAUCCAGCGCUGUCUGGAGAAGAGCGAUCUGCCCUCAAAGAGCAUGAUCAUGGCGGAGUUGAUGCAGGGUAUCCCUAGCAUGAUCGCCGACCAUUUCGGGAACUACGUCGUUCAGCACGUCGUGGAGCACGACGGGGGUGGUGAGGGAAGACAACAGGUGCUGAACAUUGUCGCCUCGGGUCUCGAAGGCUACAGCAAGCACAAAUAUGCCAGCAAUGUUGUAGAAGCAUGUCUAGUACAUGCUGAUGAUUUAUGGCGGCAGAGAGUCAUGUACCAACUGCUGGAGGCCAACGCACGACGAACGGAAGGAGAGGGAGUCCUUGUGGGCAUGAUCAGAGACCAAUAUGGCAACUACGUGAUUCAGAAAUUCUUGGAUACACUGGUGCCAAACGACUUUAACCGCUUUCUCGGACCGCUACACCCUGCCAUGGCACAAGCUAAGCGUGGAUGCCCCGUGAAGCACAUAAUCUCGAUCGAGAAGAAGAUGCACAGAUUCGAUCCUCAUCGGACCAGUAGCAUCAACCAUGGUCACGGUCUACCGUUCCACGGACGCAAUGGACUCGAUUUCCCACUUCCUAUGCAAGUGCCAAUGCAGAUGCCAAUGGCCAUGCAGCCAUUCGGGACGAAUUACCACUCUACGGCCACCACGCCACCGCCACUCACGUCCGAUACGCAGAGUUUACAGAGUUCCUGCCUUCCUAGCGUCAACGGUGAUGCUGUCGAAGGCGCUGCCUCAAGCCGCAAAGGCAGCGAUCCAUCGAGCCUAUACAGCAUCGAUGAUGUACAAAGACGAUAAAUUCACAACAGAUUCACAUUUCAGGGGUGGCGUAAGACAACGCGUGAUAUGCAUGGAUGCAUAGCGGCGUGUCUUUGAGGCGUACAGCAACGCUGGGCCACAACAGGGGACCAUAUAGGUAGAAGGAAGGGUCAUCUGUGGAAUGCUUUCGUAUGAUUUAUGAUUGGAAUAUGAUAUAGGGUGGCGCAGUAUUGGAUUAUGGUGAUGGAUACCCACAUGUAUGAAAUAUGUACUGGAACAGGAAAACUGAGAGUAAUAGAAAUGCUC